AUGGACCUCGAGACAGCGCUCGCGAUCGACAAGGCCUCGCCCGAGGGCGACAGCCUCGUGCGCAAGGUGCUCACGCAGUCCAUGCACCUCACGCACGACGAGAACAAUGCGUCCAUCUCCGACGCGAGCACGUACUCGCCGCAGGCGCCGUGGACGCCCAAGUCGCUCGGUCGGGCCAAGAGCGCAAUCAUCUACCGCCAAACGCUCAACGACAAUCUCAUGUUCCUCGAGCGCAAUAUCUUCUUCUUCCGCGAAUGGCACAUGCGGUUCGUCUCGCUCCAGGACGACCACAUCCUCAUCUACUCGUGCCGGGAAAAAUGGGAGCAAGGCGACCCGCCCGACAAGGUCGUGCGGCUGAACCCGACCAUGUUCCUCAGCCACAUGCGCGUCGACACGGACAAGGCCGAGUCCGAGUUCCGACGCAUUGUCGCGAUGGAGAAGCUCGUCGCGCAGGUCACUGGUCCGCCAAUGGCGCUGCUCGUCUAUGAAAAGGUGAGCCGCGUCCACGAGCUCUUUGCGGCCAACAGCCGGCGCGAGAUCGAGUCCGGGACCGCGCCCCUCGGCACCGAGGCCGCCUUGUCGCCGGACGUGCUGCACUUCUUCGCCGACCACCUCAAGCGCAAGUACGCGGUGUUUCUGAUCCUGGCGCUCGCGCAUGGCAUUGCGGAAGAGUACAUCCGAGAGGCGCAUGAGCGCAUGUGUGCCGAGAACGAAGCGACGUUUGCAGGCGUCGGCGCGGGCACCGGCGACGAGCUCCAGCAGGUGCGCGAUGGCCAAUAUGGGUUUGCCGACGACGCGUCGAUCGACUUGUACGACAAGUACCGCACCGCGGCGCUCAACUACUACCGCAUGAACUACGGCGACCCGUCCGCGGCCGAGGAGGAAGACGCGAUCAUGCACCUGCCCGUGAUGCUCCACGUCGCCCUCAUUCGGCAGGAGCGCGACGAGGCGUCGGCGCUGCUCGAGAUUCUCCAGACCGUCAAGCGCCGCCUUUUAGAGCACACGGCGUCCGAAGCCGCGUCCAACAACGAAUCGACGACGUGA